CGCGCUCGCCGCCCCGAUGCUGUAUGAGUCCAAGACCAACCUGCGGCUGGUCAAGGACGGCUCGCCGCAGGGGAUGACGACCGAGUUCAUCGAGGACCACGGCUUCCUCAUCGAGAGCGACAAGAUCAGCACCGUCAUCGACCCGCGCGCCUCCUUCACGCUCGAGUACCUCGACAUGAUCAUGACGAUCCGCGCCAAGGGGUGGAAGGUGCUCUUCGUCCCCACCGCGCGGCUCGAGUUCCGCAUCACCGAGUUCUCGUGGCGCGACAUCCCGUACUUCAUGUACAAGCGCUCCGAGGCGACCGCGCACGGCACGCGCGACUACCUCAAGGCCAAGUGGCGGGCAAACUUCCCAAACACGGGCUUCUGGACCUACAUCAAGUACACCAUUGUCGAGCAGCACGCGGCCCUCGCCUUUGGCUUCUUCCAGAUGGCGGGCUACAACCGCUACUCCCUCACCGCCAAGCCGGCGAAGCCGCCCGCAGACUUCCUCGAGGUGCUGCAGCGGCUCGACCGCCGCUGGGCGCCGCCCUCGGCCACCCUCUGCAGCCGGCAGCUCGCCCGCCCCGCGGUGAGCGAGACGCGGCCGGCGUACGUCUCCCACCUCGACGAGAUCCUGCCGUACGGGCAAGGCUCGGGCGUCGAGGCGGACUUUACGCACGAGUACCUCCCCUUCGCCGUCGCGCGGUUGACCGUGCCGUCGUGCGACGUGCUCCCCGCCGCCACCGAGGCGGUCUGCGGCGUCCUCGUCGAGCGGACCGACGGGUGCGACUGCUGGGUCAACAUGCCAACCUUCAAGUCCAACUCGCUCUUUGUCCGCGCGAUGUCGCUCUUCGCCGCCGCAAUCAAGGCGCCC